AUGUUGGACACAACCGUAUCUAUCGUAGCUUCAAGUAGACUUGUAUUUGCUGUUGCUUGCGAUGGUGUUCUCCCCUUUUCUGAGAGGCCGAUCAAAGUGGAUAAACAUGGUCAGCCAAAAAAUGAUGUCCAUUUUAUAUCUUCUGUAGCAGCUAUACUUUUGUUGUCCAAUUUACCCAGUGCUGUCGCCUUUACCUCUUUAAUGUCGGCAACCGCUGUACCCACGAUUCUCUCAUAUAUUAUCAUAGCUUUCGGGAGACUUUUUCUUUCCAAAGAUAAAUUUCCCAAACCCAGGUGGUUACUUGGAUUUCUAUCCAAGUCUUUCCUGGUAGUAACCUUUUUGUGGAAUUUAUUCACCGCAGUCAUCUUGUUUUCACCAAGGCUUAUCCUGUAA